AUGUCGAAUGACAGUCAAAUCGCCCACUUUUUCAAAAACCAAACAAUUUUCCUAGCAACCGGCCUUAUUGGUAAACUUCUUGUGGAAAAACUGCUCCGAACAAGUUUUGACUUGAAAAAGAUUUACAUUUUGAUGCGUGCCAAACAUGGCAAAAAUCCGCAGCAACGUUUCGACGACUUCUUCGAUAAUCCAUGUUUUGAGAACAUUAACCGGAAGGACUUCAUAAGUAAGGUUUCGUUUAUUGGUGGCGACUGCAAGAAACCUGAUCUAGGACUAGAACCUGAAGAUGUCGAUAUUUUGAAAAACGAAACCACGUGUGUUUUCCACAUUGCUGCCAACGUCAAUUUUCAGCAGACGAUAAAAGAAUCUAGUUAUAAUGUCAAAGCCACCAAAGAAAUGAUAACGUUGACUGGAAAGAUGGAAAUGUUGAAAAUUUUUGUCUACGUGUUUACAGCCUACUCCAAUUGCUUAAAUAGUCACAUUCGUGACGAAAUUUAUCAACCACCCAUAAAAGCACAAGCAUUUCUCGAUUUAGUUGACUCUUGUGCAGUUACAAAUGUUUUCUACGUUGUUUCGAAAUGUUUAUCAGAAGAUUUAAUUAAAAGCUUAGCCAUCGGGAUAUCAACAGCGAUCAUUCGGCCAGCAAUUGUUACGAAUACCAUCGAAGAACCCAUUCCAGGAUAUAUUGACAAUUACCACGGUUUCAGUGGUCUUGUGGUUGGGGGUUACAUGGGUCUAAUCCAGACUUUGUAUGUAAAAAAAGAAGUUCAAAUGAAUUUGGUUCCGGCAGACGUUGUUUGUAAUUGUAUUUUGGCAGCAGCGUGGCAUACUGCCAACUGCAAAACUUUGACUGUGUUUAACUGUGUUGGCAAAAAAAUAUCUUAA